UGAAUAGUUGAUAGGCAGUUCAGUUGGUCAGGCGUGGGGUUAGCUGUUAUAGCUGUUAACGUGUUUUUUCUUCAACCAAACAGUGGAACAACCGAAAAGAUAGCGAGGUUUAGCAAACUCAAGGAUAACGAAGGGGGAGGGGAUGACAAGCACAGCGGCCACCACUUGGUGUCCAAAAACAAGAAAAAAAACACAGUCGUUCUCGGUGAAGCAAACCCCGGAACUUGAAACGUUAGCCAACUAGCUAGCAGUAGCUAGCUUUUUGUUGACAGUGUGGUCGCUGUCAGAGCCGAGCCUGACCUUAUCUGAAGUAACUGUGAAUUUUUAGUCGUUGCUUGGACGUUCAGCUGGCAGCUUGCUAGACUCCGCGUUACACGGGAUUUGUAAAAGUUUCUGUAACUUUCAACCACUUGUAGCUUUGAGUAAUGGCUUCAAGAGGAGGCUUUUCGGGUCCUCCGAUGAAUCCAAAUGUGAACCCCAUGAACGCUGGACACGCUGCGGGAAUGAGGAUACCAGGAAUGCCGCAGCCUCCGGCGGGAUACCCCCGAUCCAUAAACAGCGUCCCCCAGUACCAGCGCCCAGGGAUGCCACCCACAAGGGGAGGGGGCCCUUUGGGGGGUGUAGUGUCAAUGGGGGCCCAGCUCCCGGGGCCCUCUUAUGGUAGUGGGAGCAUGCCCAUACGACAAGCCAUGGGGCCUCCGAGCAUGGAUGCCUCAAGGAAGAGGUUCCUUCAUCAUCAGCAGCAGCAACAGCAGCAGCAACAAGGAGCGCUGGGAGGCCUAAGACGCGGGGCAAAAAGACGCAAGAUGGCUGACAAGGUUCUCCCACAAAGGAUCCGAGACCUGGUCCCAGAGUCCCAGGCCUACAUGGAUCUUUUGGCCUUUGAGAGGAAACUGGAUCAGACUAUUGCCCGCAAGCGCAUGGAGAUCCAGGAGGCCAUCAAGAAGCCCAUUACGCAAAAGCGCAAGCUUCGGAUCUACAUAUCCAACACAUACACCCCUGGCAAGCUUGAGGGUGAGGAGGCGGAGAAGGUGUCCUCCUGGGAACUGAGGGUGGAGGGCAAACUUCUCGAGGAUCCCGGUAAGCAGAAGAGGAAGUUCUCAUCUUUCUUCAAGAGCCUGGUAAUUGAGCUUGACAAGGAGCUCUAUGGACCUGACAACCACUUGGUUGAGUGGCAUAGAAUGCCCACCACUCAGGAGACAGAUGGCUUCCAGGUCAAAAGACCCGGCGAUGUGAACGUCAAAUGCACCCUACUGCUAAUGCUUGACCAUCAGCCUCCUCAGUACAAACUGGACCCACGGCUGGCACGUCUGCUGGGUGUGCACACCCAGACACGGGCCAGCAUAAUGCAGGCCCUGUGGCUUUACAUCAAAAACAACAAGCUGCAGGAUAGCCAUGAGAAGGAGUACAUCAACUGCAACCGCUACUUCAGACAGAUUUUUGGCUGUCCUCGCAUGAGGUUCUCUGAGAUCCCCAUGAAACUGGCGGGCUUGCUUCAGCACCCUGACCCCAUCAUCAUCAAUCACAUCAUUAGCAGCGUGGACCCCAAUGACCAGAAGAAGACGGCUUGCUAUGACAUUGAUGUUGAGGUAGAUGACCCACUGAAGGGACAGAUGAACAGCUUCCUGUCCUCCACAACCAACCAGCAGGAAAUUGCUGCCUUGGAGAUGAAGAUCCAUGAGACGAUCGAGUCCAUCAACCAGCUGAAGACCCAGAGAGACUUCAUGCUGAGCUUCAGCAACAAUCCACAGGAUUUCAUUCAGGACUGGCUUAAGUCUCAGUGCAGAGAUCUGAAGUUGAUGACGGAUGUGGCAGGGAACCCGGAGGAGGAAAGGAGGACCGAGUUUUACCAGGCUGCCUGGCUGCCAGAGGCAGUGGGCAGAUACAUUUACUCCAAGGUGCAGCAGAGAAAACAAGAGUUGGAGCAGGUGUUGGGUAUUCGACUUACCUGAAUGCAUAAUAUCAAAAUAUUCCAACCAGUUUUAAAAAAAAGUCAGUUUUACACCUCACAUUUUAAAAUCUCAAAUUGAAAUUGGAAUUGGCUUGGAAAUCAACAAGCAAAUGUUGCAGUUUGUGUUCUUUCUGUCACAAGCCAUCCUUGAGGACAUGAUGAGAUACAAUCUUUAAUGCCAGCUUUGUCUUUAUUAUCGUCCCACAGUUAACAGUUCUAAAGAAAAUAGAGUAUAUAGAACCGAUUUAAAGAUUUACAUAUUCUUAAUAGAAAAAAAUGCCUUUCAAUGUUGUUUUGAACCGGUGGUUCAUACAGGCUUUGCCUUGAUUUACAAUAUGUUCGUAUUUGUUUAUGGUACAGUUUGCUUAAAAAUGUUUAAGUAUUGGUGCUUUCUAGGUGAUUUCACCUAUAAGUGCCACUUUGAAAGGGUUUCUGCAAACCCUAAUUUUUUGAAAGCCAUAACCUUCUGGUAGGAACAAUACCUGAUGUCUGGUAACAUCUCAGUAAGCCAGAGUUGUAAGGCAAGGUAGAAAUGAAGAGCUUCAUUACUAAAUGCUACAUAUCCAUAUUGGAAAAAUUGUUGCCACUUGAAAUUCACAUUUAUUAUUUCAAAAACCUUCAGAUAUUUGAGAUUCUGUCCUCAACUCUUAAGUCUUAAAGAUGUCUCAUAACUUAAAUAGUAACCUAUAAGGUGCUAUAUUUUGAUACUAACAAUUUCACAAAUGUAAGUGCCAUUUAUUUCAAAUGGCGGAUGUCUCAUUUGAAGUGAAACUCUUCAAUAAUAAUAUGCAAGAAUCCAUGUUUUCAGGAAAAUUCUGUUCUGGGGAAGGAUGUUUUGGGAGCUCCUCAUUUGUAUAAGGACACAAAUCCACUCAGUCCAGCCGUUGUAAUUUAGUGAAUAAGAGACUUUUUGUACUGGUUGAAUGUUUACAUGCUGUUUUCUUCAUUUAUUGUUGGGGUGUUUUGUUGUCUUGAUGCCGGGAGGGAUUUUUUUUUUUUUUUUUUUUUUUUUUUUUUGCCGUAUAUGUGGGUCGAGGGAAGCUUCCCUACAGAGAGUACAUUUGAUUCAUACCUCUUUAGGAAGUUAACUGGUAUUGAUAAAAUAGGAAUGAAAAUUGUAGUAUGUCAACUAAACAAUGCACCAAAUUGUUGUGUGUAGUUCAUAAUUUUUUUUUUUUUUUUUGAGUUAAUGUUAGCGUACAUUUACAUUUAAAUGCUAUUUUGGCAGGGUUUUACUUGAGGGAUAUCUCCAAAUGUCUUUGAACAUUCCAUAAUUGUAAAUGUGUCACUUUGCCAAAACUCUUGAUGUGAAAGAGGCACUUAGAUUUUGAGAAAUGUUGCUGUCUUUUUUUUACUACAGCAUCUUUGUAAAAUAUUUGCAUGUUUGUGUAUCAUCAAUCAAAAGCCUUUAUCUUUUUUAUACGUUUGGAGUUUUUUGUACAAUAAAUACACCUGCAAAAGA